AUGAAGAUAGUAAAGGAAGCUUUAGGUGUUGGGGACUUGGAAUUUGUUUCUUGCAGUAGCACAGUAUACAAUACCAUGUUGCAGGAUUGGAUGAAAAAUCUUGAAGUGGGUAUUCCUGCUCUUCUUGAGGAUGGAAUCAAGUUACUUGUGUAUGCCGGAGAAAAAGAUCUAAUAUGCAAUUGGCUUGGGAAUUCAAGGUGGAUUGAUGCCAUGAAGUGGUCAGGUCAGACAGCAUAUAAGGAGUCUCCUACAACUCCGUUUUUGGUUGAUAGUGAAGAAGCAGGAAUUCUGAAAAGCCAUGGACCAUUGGCUUUCCGCAAGUUGAAAGAGGCUGGUCACAUGGUUCCUAUGGAUCAACCAAAAGUUGCACUUCAGAUGUUACAAGAAUGGAUGCAAGGGAAACUGAUAUGA